AUGUAUGAUGAAAACAUCAAUCAAGGGGGAGGAGAGGUAUUUUCAAGUAUAGGUUUUACAAGUUGGAACAAGAAGAAAAGUUUUAAUGAGCAUAUUGGCAGACCAAACAGUGUUCAUAAUCAGUCAAGAAGAAAUGCUGAAGAUUUGAUGAGACAAAAACAAUCCAUUCAAAGUGUACUUGUUAAACAGUCUGAUCAACAAAAGUUAGAAUACCGAACUUGUUUAGAAGCUGCAAUUGAUGUGAUAAGCUGUCUUUUGAACCAAGGAUUAUCAUUUCGGGGGCAUCGUGAAGACGAAUCAUCUUUUAAUAAAGGUAACUAUAUUGAACUUCUUAGAUGGUAUACUAAACGAUGUGAUAAUAUUGCUGAUGCAUUUAAAAAAGCUCCAAAGAAUAAUCAGUUGACUUCUCCAUACAUUCAAAGGGAUAUUAUCACUGCAUGUAAGAUGGAAACAGUUAAGUAUAUCAUUAAGGAUUUAAAUGAUGAUUACUUUUCCAUAUUAGUUGAUGAAUCUCGUGAUGUGUCAUGUAAGGAGCAAAUGGCUAUUGUUUUGAGGUAUGUUGAUAGAAGGGGGAGUGUAAUGGAGCGGUUUAUUGGUAUUGUUCAUGUUCGUGAUACUAGUGCUUUGUCCCUAAGAAAUGAAAUUGUUGGUUUACUUGCUCCACAUUCUUUAAGCCCAUCUUAUAUACGUGGACAAUGUUAUGAUGGAGCAAGCAAUAUGCAAGGAGAUUUAAAUGGGCUUAAAAUCUUGAUAAAAAAGAAAGAACUUUUAUCGUUGGUUUCUGAUAUAUUAAAUAUGGUUGGAGCUUCUUUCAAGCGUAGAGAUGAACUUCGUGAAUCUCAAGCAAAAGAAAUUGAAGAAGCAUCAUGUAAAGGCGAGCUUGAAACUAGUAGGGGCUUGAAUCAAGAACUAGGUCUUGUUAGAGCCAGUGAUACUAGAUAG